AUGGUUUACUUUGUUGUUCUGAAUGCUGAUCGCACUGGUAAAUCCGUUCGCGAAUCUGACGACGAUCUACGGAGAUCGCGCGUUCAUCGGAGAGGCGCUGAUGUCAAAACUGUAAUCGCCAAAGUUGCGACAUUUUAUUCAACCGAAUCGCGUGAGAUCGCGACCGUGGAUAUUAGGGUUUUUGGGCACGAAACCCUAGAUCGAUCCACCUUCCUCCCCCAGCAAACGCCUAAAUUUUCAUAUCCAUCGCCUGCCUCCCUCCUCGCACCCUCCGGCCGCGAGCAAACCCCGCCACCGGAAGCACCACCUCCUUUCCUCCACAUCGUCCAUCAACCAACCUUCUCACCCACCGCGGCUUCUGACUAUCUGGAAGCCACCCCUGGUUUAGCCUAUGUUGGCGAGGCUUCCCCUCCGGUGCGUCACCGCCGUCCCCUCAUCCGCCUGCGACGCGCCGGAUGCCCGCCGAAGCCACGCAACCUCGUCACCCAACCGAGCGGACUUGGAGCUCAGGGCCCGCUUAGGUUUAAGACUAAUCGGCCGCGCCGCUUUCCCUCAACUCCCCGCGCCCCUCCGCGCGUCGUCGCGUCCCCGGACCCGGCUGCUCGGGUGGCGCACCGUCGCCACCCCGAUUCUCUGCGGCCAUUCUGGCAGCGCGAGCGCAAAACUUGGACCCGCCACUGCCUCGUGCGCCGCGCCGGCCUAGCCGGGCGCCCCGCCCCCCGCCGCAGACUCGUGAGCGGGCCGAGCCGUUGGAAAUUCUCUGCCGUCCGCGCCCGCCGCCUUCCCUCCCUGCCGCAGUGCCGGCCCCUCUGGAAUAGCCCGGUGAACUCCUCCGGCGUGGCGUCCUCCCGUCCCCAGACGCCGCCCCCGCCGCUUGGACUCCGCAGCCGCCCAGACCUUGUUGCCGGCGACCCUUGGAGCCGCGCCCCGGACGCCGCAACGCCCACGAAGGGUAACUCGCCUUCCCCUCGUCCCCUCUACGUCGCCAUGAAUCCGUCGUCGUCCCGAUCUCCCCCGGCCGCCGCCCUCGCCCUGCAACCUUCGAACCGAAGGCUUGACUGGGGCUUGAUCUCUCGCCCUGCGGCACCCGCUCCCCCGCGCCGCCACCCUCCCCCGACCUCGUAUCUCGACGAUCGCUCCUCCCGACGGACGCCCCCCGUCAUAUCGCCGGCGCCAUCCUUGCGUCCACAUUCUCCGUAUAACUUUUAUUUUGCUUUCCGCACUUGUGUUUGCACUUUUCCGUUCACCUUUUCCCGUGAUCCGAUUCACUUCCCCGAACCCAAGGAGGUUGAGAAACGUGAUCUGGGUUGUGCUAAUUACGAUGCUUUCAUCCUCUGUGAGGUUUAG